AUGGAAGAAGGCUUCAAACCGAGUGGUGGCUUAGCAAUACUCAAACGUGCUAGAAACCGUAUUUCAUUUUUUCCACCUGAGGAUUUUGAUAGAUCAUUUGCUGAAUUAGCGACGGAAAUUGAAUAUAUUGAAGCAGAGCUAAAUGAAAAAUGUCAUGAAAAUUUGAGUGAUCGUAUUAAUGCUAUAAUUUCGGAUUAUAAAUCAUCAAUUAAUAAGAGUCAUCUUCAAUUGCAACAUCUUACAAAGAAAGAACUUUUUAAACUAAUGGAACGCUUUUGUAAAGAAAUUGCUCCUGAAACAUUACAAAUCUUUCAAAAUGAGAACUCGUACAAUAAUGACGAUAAUAGUAUACAAAACCAAGAGGAGUUUUAUCACUGGAUAAUGAAAUAUCUUCUCAAACAAGAUGAACGUUUAACAGCCGUUAUUCGUACUCAACAAGAGCAAGAUAAAAAUUUUGCUGCUGUUACACAAUGUCUUCUUCAUCACAAUGACGAAAUGAAAACAUCAUCAAUUUAUCUUUCUCCAUCACUUGAUUAA